UAAACAAGCACGAUCAUGUCGCCUCACGCGCUGUCGUCGAAGCAAGAGAGAAAACUCGUCGACUAUCUAGAUGACAGCUUCCUCACUAUGAUGAGAGGCUACAAAAUGCGCUCGCAGUCCACGUCGCAUCUACCCACUCUUCAGCUCUAUCUGGAGGCAGCGACGAAGCUGCUGCUAAUGAUACUGCAGAUCCCACCUGUUGACCCGUCGACGUCGCUUCGGACGUCGUACCUCCUCCAUCUCACCAACGACGUGCUGAGUUCCAUCGUGGGGUACCCACCUAAUCCACAGAAUGCCGCGGACCUCAUGGACUGGCUGGAUGACCUUGAUCAGGCUUGGCUAGCGGUUCUACAAUCCCAGGUGUGGGAUCCCAAAGAGGGCCUCGGUGUCGAUCUGGUGAUUGACGUCGAUUCCGUCGCGGCUGGGGUCAAGUCUUCUCCACUGAGUCAGACGGAGCGAACGCGCCUGAGAAGUUUACUCCUCGGCGGGGUUGAGACGCUCGAGGAAUGGCUGUUUGGGUGGGAAGGCGACGGUGAUAGUAGUGGAAAUAUUCUGGAGAGCACGGGUUUGCAGGCGGCGUUUGACGAGGUAUUUUCUCGGACACUCGAUGAGCUGGGCGGGUUAGGCGGAUUG